AUGUUUCGUCACACCAGAGGCCACAGAGGUCUGAUAUCAGCAGUAACAAAACGACUGACUAGCACGACGACAACAAGCCAAGCAUCAGAGAGGCAACCACUACAAUCUAUCUUGAUUGCAAACAGAGGAGAAAUUGCUCUUCGAGUUGGAAAAACCGCUGCACAGUAUGGCAUUCGUACAACAACACUCUACACAGAUCCGGACGCGCAUAGUCAACACGCUUUGAGCUCUCCUUUCGCUAUCAACCUCAGCGAUCCAAGUCAAUAUCUCAACGGCGAUCGUAUCAUCCAAACUGCACGCGAGCAUGGUUGUCAGGCAAUUCAUCCUGGAUACGGCUUCCUCAGUGAGAAUGCAGAGUUCGCAAAGAAGUGUACCGAUGCGGGCCUAAAGUUCAUCGGCCCUCCCUGGAAAGCGAUUGAAGCUAUGGGAGACAAGAGCCGAUCUAAAGAUAUCAUGACUUCAGCCGGCGUACCCUGUAUUCCUGGCUACCACGGCUCAAAUCAGGAUCCGAACUACCUCAAAGACCAGGCUGCACAAAUCGGUUAUCCUGUCUUGCUCAAGGCUGUCAAAGGUGGAGGUGGUAAAGGUAUGCGUAUCUCCAGAUCUCCUGAAGAUUUCCUGGAUCAGUUAGCAUCUGCCAAAUCUGAAGCUAUGAGCUCCUUCAGUGACGAAGUCAUGCUCGUGGAAAAGUACAUCACAACACCACGCCAUAUCGAAGUCCAGGUCUUUGCAGACAAACAUGGUAACUGCGUUGCACUGGGCGAGAGAGACUGCAGUAUCCAAAGAAGACAUCAGAAGAUCCUUGAAGAGUCGCCAGCACCCCAUCUGGACGAAGCACUACGACAGGAUCUCUGGGACAAGGCUCGAUCCGCUGCUCUUGCUGUUGCUUAUGAAGGUGCUGGUACCGUUGAGUUUAUCUUUGACAACGACUCAGGUGAAUUCUUCUUCAUGGAGAUGAAUACCAGACUCCAAGUUGAGCAUCCGGUCACCGAGAUGGUCACUGGAGAGGAUCUAGUACAUUGGCAGAUCCUCGUGGCUGAAGGAGGCAAAUUGCCUCUUACACAGGAAGAGGUGCACGAGAGGAUCAAGGCUCGCGGCCACGCGAUCGAGGCUCGUAUAUACGCCGAGAAUCCUGACAUGAACUUCGUGCCAGACUCGGGUAAAUUGUUACAUCUUCGAACUCCAGAGAUUACUGACACCGUGCGUAUCGACGCGGGCUUUGCUGUAGGAGACGAAGUCACAUCGCACUACGACCCAAUGAUUGCAAAACUCAUCAUCCAAGGUCCAGACAGACACGCAGCACUCCAAAAGAUGAAGACUGCCCUCGAAGAAUACGAGAUUGCUGGCCCGAUCACGAAUAUCGAAUUUGUUAAGCGUAUGUGCGUCAGUCCGAAGUUUGUGGCCGGCGAAGUGGAGACUGGCUACAUCGAGAAGAACAAGGAAGAGUUGUUCCGCAGGGUCGACGUGCCGAGUGAAGCAUGGACACAAGCAGCUAUCGGCUUGUACAUCGCCGAGCAAGGAUUGAGUGGCAAAGAUUCCAUACUGUCGUCCCAGACUAUCGGAUUCAACACUGGACUAUCUGGUCCCCGAACUUUCGAUCUCGUGGAGAUUCCAGCGGAUGGUAACAGUAGCAGUGCAUCUUCUGUCGCUGCACGUGUUCAGCACGUUGGCCCGCAUACAUUCUCGGUCUCGGUUGGAGGCCAAGAAGCGGUUCAAGUGACCAGCAAGCUCGAUCAAAGCAGCCACAUCCUCCAGUCAUUCUAUCCUCACACCAGACUCGAGACGAGAGUCAUCCGUGAUCCGGAAACGAACAACUUGAUCCUGUUCCAACAAGGACGUCAGUACAGAUUACAGCUUGCUGUUCCGAAGUGGGCGGAAAAAGCUCUGGGCAUGAAAGAUGUUGCCAAUAGCGUCUUGGCACCUAUGCCUUGCAAGGUACUCCGUGUUGAGGUGGAGGAAGGUGCUACAGUGACCAAGAACCAGGCACUUGUUGUCAUUGAGAGUAUGAAGAUGGAAACAGUCAUUAGAGCACCACACGAUGGUGUGAUUGCAAAGGUUGUUCACAAGGCUGGAGAUCUAUGCAAAGCUGGUACAGCUUUGGUGGAGUUCGUGGGCGAAGAAGAGGAGAAAUCAUGA